AUUUCUCCUCUUUCUCUCUCUCUCUCUCUCUCUCUCUCUCUCUCUCUCAUAAUUUGGAUCACUUUCUUUGCACUUUCCUAACUAACCAAAAGUCUCCACUUUUUCCUCCUCCCCUGCCUUUUAUUAGCUUCUCAGUGGCUGGUGCCGCUACUCAGAGCCUUGUCAAAACUUUAAAGGGCCCUUCUCCUUCUUUUCCUCUUCCUGGGGACUGACUUGGUUCAUAUCAAUGGAGCAGCAUGCUCACGUUCCAGAACACUCAACGACACAUCAGGAUGCAAGGGCUCGUCGAUCCUCCACCGACUCACCUUAUGGUAGACAUGGCGAUCCCCCAAGGAAAGUAAGUCGAACGAGUGGUGGAUCAGACCAUAGUGUUGAGCAAUCUCCACUUCGUCGCAAUCAAGCCAAGUCUUCUUGGGAACGGAGGGGUUCAUUGGAAGGUGGACACGGGGUUGCCCCAAACACCCCUGGCAGCAGAUUCAAGACGAGGCCUGGUGAUCGAGGAGAUGAGUCGCCUGAUAAAAGCUCGACCGUGCCGAAGUUUGGGGAGUGGAAUGAAAACGAUCCAGAGUCAGGUGAAGGUUUUACUCACAUUUUUGACAAAGUGAGGAAGGAGAAGCAGACUGGAUCAUCAAAGGUUCCACAUAUUACCAAUGAUUCAGCAUAUCUCAACGAUUAUGGUCAUGGAAGCAGCGGUAAUAAAGCAUCUGGCUGUUGCUGCUUUAGCUGGCGCAAAAAAUGAGGAGCAUGCGGAAAAAAUUAGCAAGUCUGGACUGUAAAUAUCUAUACUGGAGGUUAUAUUUUUAUAAGUUGUCCCUCUCAAAGUGUAUUCUUUUUCUGUCCUACGCGUUUUUGUUGGUAAUAAUCGUGAGUAUAUUUGUUGUGUCAAGAAGAACAAUCAACCUUCUUAUAUUUUUGCUAUUACUUUUGUCUCUCCUUUAGACUCAUUUAUAAUCGAAAUCUCAGAGUGUACGUAAA